GUGAUCAAUCAGAGGUUCAGGCCACGACUCAGCAGUUCCCAUACAACACCAAAUCCUGAAAUAUUUUCACGAUGGUCUUUAAUUGCAAAGCGAGCAAGUGACACACAUUUCUCACUGGGAAGCCAUAAGCUGACCCUGGCAGUUUGGUCAACAGCAUUUGCUCCAUUCACACCGGUAAUCUCAACCCUUUGCUGUCCAGGCUGCACACACAGCUUCUCUACAUCUUACUGUGUUUUGAAAUCUGUGCUCCCCUACCUAUUAGAAACAUCACCAAUUGUCUCUGAGGACAGAUUGGGAUCAAAAUACGUGGGCUGUCAUAGCUCAUCCACUGAUAAACCUCCCAUUGCUAGACAGGCAGACCCAAUUACCUGCCAGUCAUUACUUUUUAUUUAUUUAUUUUUCUUUCUUCAUACCUUUAUGGGAACUGUGAGGUCACAGCCUGAAGCAGUGAUUAAGCACCUGUUGAGGGGUGUAGCCCUGCGAGCACAGGUGGAAGCAAUUCUCCUAUGGGACCGGAUAGGGCUGAGCCUGGCUCCACCCCUUCCUGAUCGCAUUUAAGGGCUGGCAGCCAUAGAGGCAGCAUCUCUUUGUGGGGACUGCCUUCUUGGGAGCCUUGGGUGAGCCCUUGGAGUGUGGUGAGUGAUUCCUUCUAUGUUUCAAGGCUGUGGGCUUCUCUUUUUGUUAGAUCUUGCCCAUAUAGCCGUCAGCCCUUCAACGUGGUCAGGAUCUGUAUCUGGAGGCUGUCUCCUUUGGUGUGUGGGAUGUGUUUCCUUCUUUACUGUAGGGCCAUUAUCUCUCCUUUUUGGGGUAUUCUGAUCACUUUUAAGGGUUGGCAGCUGUAAGGGUAGUAGCUCUACCUGGGGACUGCUUCCUCUCAAGUGUGGGGUGAGCCCUUGGAGUGGGAUGAGUGGUUCCUUUUUUAUUUCAGGGCUGUGAUCCCUCCUUUUUGGGGGGAUCCUGACAGCAUUUAAAGGUUUGUAGCUGUAAGGGUGUUUUCUCUUCCUGGAGGUUGCCUCUUUAGGUAUGUGGGGUGAAUAUUUCCUUUGUUAUUUUGAGGUUGUGAGCUCUGUAUUUUUUGGGGGAUCCUGACCACGUUUAAGGGCUGGUAGCUGUAAGGGCAGCGUCUCUGUCUAGAGAUUGCUUCCUUUAGAGUGUGGGGUGAGUGUUUGUCUUUGGAAUGGGGCAAUUGAUUUCCUCUCUGUUGUAGGGUUAUGAACUCCCCAUUUUUUAGAGGAUCCUGACCACAUUUAAGAGCUGGCAGCUGUAAGGGCAUCAUCUGUGCCUGGAGACUGCUUCCUUUGGGAUGUGGAGCAAGCACUUGGAGUGGGCUCGAUGGGGUUUUAGGAUUGCCAGGGCUCCUCUAAUCAGUGGUGUGAGAACUGCAGAGCAGGGACUUCUCCUGACUGCUUCAACUUCUGAAAUACCAUUGAGAGUGGCUCAGUGACUGCAGUGGUGAAUUCCCUCAGAACUCUGGGACUCAUCUUGUCAGGACCCGAAGACUCCUGGAUGUUCGGGUCCUCAGGUGGCAGCAGAGCUGUGGUGCUCCCGAGUGCCGUAACGACUGCAUGGAGAUGUGUGGGUCUUCAUGGGAACAGCAAGGAACUGGAAUCUGCAUCUCUUGGAAUGCCUCGGAACCUUGCUUUGCUGGCUGGUAAUUGUCUGCCCAGCAGGUGGCAGCAGAGUUGCGUUGCUCCUGAGCACUUUAAGGACAGCACGGAGGUGCGCGGCUCUUCAGGCAGCUGCAAGGAACCGGAAUCUGCAUUUCCUGGGAUGCCCGGAACCCCGCUUUGCUGGCCGGUAAUUGUCUGCCCAGCAGGUAAGGGCGAUGCUCACCCACCGGUGUUUACUCAUUACUUAGCGAGGCACAAGGUAGGGUUCCCAGAGCUCAUUUCUGCACUUCAUGGUGCCCUAGAUGCUGCCUGUCCUUUUCUUUCUGUGUUCUCCUUGCCUCCAGCCUUUCACUGCAGCGUUCUCCUUGCCCUUGGCUUUCCCUGCUACGUUCUCUUGCCCUCCUGUUUUGGCGUUCCCUGUGGCAUUCUCUUGGCCAUUUGCUCUUGGCCACCUUCACUGCGUUUUCUUUGGCCUUCGGCUUUGGCCAUCUGUGCCACAUUCCCUUGGCCUUUGUCCUUGGCCUUCUUUGCCACGUUCACUUUCCCUCCCGUUCUGGCGUUCCCUACAGCAUUAUUUUGGCCUUCAGUUCUGGCGUUCGUGGCUGCGUUCUCUUUGGCCGUUGCCCUCGGCCUUCUUUGCCCCAUUCCCUUUGGCCUCCUCUUCUGGCGUUCCCUGCGGCGUUCUCUUUGGCUUCUAUUUUGGCGUUCCCUUCCAUGUUCUUUUUGGCCAUUGCUCCUGGCCUUCUUUGCCACAUUCCCUUUGGCCUCUUGUUUGGGCAUCUCCUACAGCAUUCUCUUUGCCUUUGGUUUUGGCCUUCUGUGCCGCAUUCUCUUUGGCCAUUGCCCUUGACCUUCUGCAUCAGCCUUCCCUGCAGCGUUCUCACGGACCUCGCCCUCCAUUUUGGCUUUCUGCGUUGAUCUCUUUGGUCUCCAUUCUGACGUUCUCUGCGGCCUUCUCCUUGGGCCUGACCUCUGACACGACCUUUGGCGUUCUCCUUGUCUUUCCCAUCCCUUUGCCCUCUGUUUUGGCGUUCCCUCCGCUGUUCUCCUUGCCUUUUGCUCCUGCCUUUGCCUUGGCCUUCUCUAACCCUAAUCCUGAUGUACCUAACCCUAACACCUUUCCUGUUAAAUACUCCUAACCUUACUCUGAAGCCAUUUCUUGGAGUGGUGUUUGGCUUCCACGUUUUGUGGGGGUGGGCUGACGGUGAGCACCGUUUGGGUCUCUGCGUUCCUCCUUCUAAAGCAUGUCUCUGUAUUACAGGUGAAGAUGCCUUCAACGCUUCCAGUCGAUGACUUCCCCCCUGCGACGCCAUUGGCUUUCCUGGCCUCCCACACUCACCGCCAGCUCGGUUCGGUUGAGCCGUUACCCAAAUCCCCGCUCCGUUCCCUUUCCAUGAUCUUCCUGUCACUCUGCCACAAGCCCCUACCAAGGUCAUCGCAGGCAGCGUGUGGGAUGCGGCGCUCGGUCUCAUUACAGUUCAUCCCAUCGGCCUCAGCCCAGCGAUCCAACCCACCCGCAGCCUUCCUGAGGGCCCUUCUGCUCCCAGGCCAAUCAACGCUUCCUUCUGAUGCCAUCUGCGUUCCUUCCAGGCCACUUUCAGACUCGUGCCCCUUUGUGGCCGUUUUGAGAGUUGCGCUGAUUUCAGCGUAUGCAUUCAAUUGGCUUCAAUCAAAUUGGCUUUAGCUUGACAUUCAAUUAAUGUAAACCAA